AUGGCUUCUCAGACCACAGAAAUCUCGAUGUCGCGAUCCCCAGAUCCGGCACUCGACCCCGCUCACCAGCACCGCCAUCCGCACCGUCACCAUUCCACAGUCUCAGAGAAGAGCUGCGAGGAUGAUAUCGUUUACACCAAGGGCUUUGAUGAAUCCAAUAUUCUGGAACCGAGUCCUCUGGAUCAUGGCUGCCAGAACCCGUCGGACACGCAUCCAACUGAGGAUAUUGAGGCAGGGCAGGUAGAGGUGGAUGAGGAGAAGAAGAACAUAUUCAGCCGCACCUGGAUACGAUACAGACCUCAAGUGAACAUCGCGAUCCAUGCUGCGCUAUGGAUCUUGUUUACUGGCUGGUGGAUUGCUGGCCUGAUUCUUCGUCGCAAGGAGCUGGGGUGGGUGGUGCCUUUCCUAGUCUACCUGGCAAUAUCGCUACGGUUGCUCUUUUUCUAUGUCCCUAUCUCUGUUGUUACCAGGCCGAUGCGUUGGGUUUGGCGCCAUACUGCAACAACAUUCGUUGCCUUUAUCCCUGAGAAAUUCAGGACUCCACUGGGCGCUCUAGUGGUGAUUGCGGUAUUUCUCGUGGGAUCUUUCGCUUCCGAAGAAUCCGCGGAUAAUAACAAAGAAAACCGUGCCGUCAGCCUCUUUGGACUGGUGGUGCUCAUGUUCACACUAUGGGCUACAUCGAACAACCGCAAGAAGAUAGUAUGGCGCACUGUCCUUGUUGGCAUGUUGGUGCAAUUCCUCAUGGCUCUUUUUGUCUUGCGAACCAAGGCUGGAUAUGAUAUGUUCAGUUUCAUCUCGAGCUUAGCGACGGCCCUACUUGGUUUUGCAGGUCAAGGAACAGCGUUUCUUACAGCAGCUUCGGUUACGAAAAACAUCCAUUGGUUCCUGGUCACUGUUAUCCCUUCUAUCAUUUUCUUCGUCUCCCUGGUACAGCUGUUCUAUUACAUCGGAUUUAUUCAGUGGUUCAUCGGCAAGUUUGCCACAUUUUUCUUCUGGUCCAUGCGAGUAUCUGGCGCGGAAGCUAUUGUGGCAGCCGCGUCUCCCUUCAUCGGCCAAGGAGAGUCUGCCAUGUUGAUUCGCCCAUUUAUUAAUCACCUUACGAUGGCUGAAAUUCACCAAAUUAUGUGUUCGGGGUUUGCCACAAUUGCCGGAAGCGUCCUCAUUGCUUACAUCGGUAUCGGUGUCAACCCUCAAGCCCUAAUGUCGUCCUGUGUGAUGAGUAUCCCUGCCUCCCUGGCGGUUUCUAAAAUGAGAUAUCCCGAAACCGAGGAAACGUUGACUGCCGGUCGUGUGGUCAUCCCUGAUGACGACGAACAUCGUGCCUCCAACGCCCUACACGCAUUUGCGAACGGUGCAUGGCUGGGUCUGAAAAUUGGAGCUGUGAUUAUGGCUACCCUUCUCUGUAUCAUCUCCCUGGUUGGUUUGGUCAAUGAUCUCCUAACCUGGUGGGGCCAUUACCUCAAUAUCAACGAUCCUCCUCUAACCCUCCAGAUGAUCAUGGGCUAUUUAUGUUACCCGAUCUCUUUCUUGCUCGGAGUAUCCCGCGGCAAUGACGAUAUCUAUAAAGUCGCCAAGCUAAUCGGGUUGAAGCUCAUUACUAAUGAAUUCGUCGCCUACGACCAGCUGCAGAACAAUGUAUACUACGCUGACCUUACCCCUCGCUCCCGUCUUAUCGCCACUUACGCCCUGUGCGGUUUCGCAAACAUCGGAUCCCUGGGUAACCAAAUCGGUGUUCUCUCGCAGCUUGCGCCUGGACGAAGCGGAGACGUGACCCGCGUUGCCAUGAGUGCCAUGUUAACAGGCGCUCUGAGCACAUUUAGCAGCGCGAGUAUUGCCGGUCUUCUGGUUACAAACCAAGCGCAGUUCGCUAAUCACAGCACUGCUCAAUGA